AUGGCCGCGGACGUCAUCAUCGCUUCCGUGGACAUAGCGGUUUCGGAUGCCAUCGCGGCCGAGGUCAUCAUCGCUUCUGUGGACAUAGCAGUCUCCGUAGCCAUCGCCGCCGAGGUCAUCAUAGGCUCCGUAGCCAUCGCAGCCGAGGUCAUCAUGGCCUUCGACGCCAUCCCCGCCCCCAUACCCUCCAUACCCGACCCCAUCAUGCCUGACCCCAUACUCGCCAUACCGGCGCCCAUCAUACCUGACUCCAUACUCGCCAUACCGGCUCCCAUCAUACCUGACUCCAUACUCGCCAUACCGGAGCCCAUCAUGCCCGAGCCCAUCAUACCGGAGCCCAUCAUGCCCGACCCUUCCAUCGCCGGGGCCGACAUCGCGGAGCCCUCCGCCCCGGCAGCAGGGCUACCAGCGCCAGAGCCGGCCGCUCCAGCAACGUACGAAUCCAUGAAGGACGGGCCAGACGCCCAGCCCGGCCGGGGGAGUGCAGAUGCGUAA